GCAAUCUCUCUCUCUCUCUCUCUCUCUCUCUUUGCUUUCUCGUUCACUUUCAUGAAUCAACGGUGAACCGAUCCGUUCUCCCUCUUCCCACAGGCAGCAGACGGCCAGCGGUUCAAGUAGAGAGCGAGCUUCUGGGUCCUGGAUUCUUCGUCCUCGGUCCGUCCGAAUCAACAGCACACGCCCAUUUUCUUUCCUCGCGGACAAGGGGACAGACAACAAGGACACGAACGAGGACUGACCUCAAGACUGGGAGUUAUAUGAGUUAUAUCGCCUAGAUAUUAUCUCCCUACCGAUACGCUUAUAUGUUCUGCACCAUCGGCGUGUCACUGCGCCUACGACUCGCAUCAUCCUACCGAUCCCCCCAUUCUGCUCAUCCUUCAUGUCACGGAGCCCUCUUACAGCAUCUUACCAUUCCCAGUCUGGGACACCCGGGACAGGGACGGAGAUAGGGGCCGGGGUAGAGACGGCGACUAGUUCAAGGUCGAGAUCGCGCUCACCUCCCCUCCCCUGGCAGUCUCCAGGGACGUCUGCUACGGCCGCGCCAACAGGAUCCGGAAAUUCACGGCGGUCGCAUCCCAAGUCCAGGACUGGGUGUCGGACUUGCAAGACUCGGAAAAUCAAGUGCGACGAACAGAAACCCGCAUGCCGUAACUGCGUCAAACAUGCCGUCCUCUGCGAUUUUCUCCAGUCGCAUCCAGUCUCCGCCUCCGCCCCCGUCCCGGUUCCGCAAAGCUCUGCUGGCGCGUUUGGCCCUUCCAUCAGCGACGGUCUGGCCGCAGCUUCGAGUUUACCCGGCGAAAGCCUGAACGGGCUAGACGGCGACCUGAACAUGCUCGACCUGGAGCUCAUGCACAACUUCACCAGCUUCACCUACGCCACCUUGUCCAGCGAUGGCAUGAUACGCAACAUGUUCCGUACUGAUGUCGUGCGCAUGGCUUUCGUCUGCGACUACGUCAUGCGCAGUCUGCUGGCCGUGUCGGCCCUCCAUCUCGCGCACUUCCGCCCCGACCGGAGAGACUUUUACGUCAACCGCGCCGUCAUGCACCACCGGGCCGCAAGCCAGUCGGCCGUACCCCUACUGACCCAGUUCAGACCCGGAGAUUGCGAGAGUCUCUAUCUCUUUUCCAUCUUGACCAUCUAUUUUGCACUGGGAUACCCCCACAAACCGGAGCGUUCCUUCCUCAUAGGCGAGGCGGCUUUCCCCCAAUGGCUCUUCCUCCUCCGCAACAUCGAACCCAUCCUCUGCGCCAUCGACCCGAUUACGUAUCGAGGGCCCCUCGCCCCGCUCUUCGCCCACGGCGCCCAUCCCGAGAACCAGCAACCCGUCCUCAUCCGAGAUCCCCGUUCGGAAGAAACGCCGCGGACCCUGCUGGGCGAUCUAGAGAGGCUCGUCGCCAAGACGUGCACCGAGCCCGACCUCAUCCCCAUCUACCACACCGCCAUCGGCCACCUGCGCCGCAUCCUGGGCAUGGUGAUCCCGUGCGCCCCCAACGGCGACUGGCGGGCCACCCAACAGCUGCUGCUGCUCGACGUGAGCGACGUCUUCGUGUGGCAGUGGACCGUGGCCGACGAUCUCCUCCCGCUGCUCAAAGGUCAGAAGGUGCGCCAGGAAGCCGUGGCCAUUUUCGCGCACUUCCUCAUAUUGAUCAAGAAGUUGGAGAGCCAGUGGUGGUUGGAGGGCUGGACGGCGCAUCUCAUGCGGUUGGUCUGGACGUCGCUGGACCAGGAGCAUCGGUUGUGGAUCCAGUGGCCUGCUGAGGAGAUGGGAUGGGUGCCGCCCCCGUAAGAGGGCGUAAACCAAAAACAUGGAGGGGGGCGCAUAUAUAUAUGCAUGGAUAUUUUUCGCUUGGUUUUGGAAGUGGGCCGUAUUACUUCUUGUCUUUGAAGCAUGUAGAAUCUAUUAAUCGAUGCGUCCCCAUGUCCAGAUGUUCAGUCCGACUUUGACGCCCUUUGUCACAGGUAACGCGGCAUGCCAAGCCUCGUCGUACCCGGAGCCGUCGGGGCGGAAGUUCUCCCAGUACACGGCGUUGCCAGGACGAGGCUUGAAGAUGAUGCCCAUUCCGUCACCGUCAGGGUCUUUUUGUUGCCGUGCGCUCUCCUCCUCCUCGUCCUCCUCCUCCUCCUCCUCCUCC